UUCGCCGUUGAGACGCAUGAAUUUUGAAGUUUUAAAAAGCUGUGAGAAUUGAAAAAUAAAAUUUUACGAUGGAAUUGAAGACAAGACAAACGAGAAAGCUGCUGGAGCUUUUGGAGCAGCAAAUUAACAAAUUAUAUUUAUUGCUGAUCACUGUUUCUAUUAAUCCAUCAGAAAUUUUGGUUACGAAAUCAUUACUCCAUGAACAAUUGCAUUUUUUAACUCAGAGAUUCAAUAAUUUAGGCGAUGAUAAUUGCGACUGUGAAGAAGCAAAUGUAAAAUUUGCUGAUACAGUAACAAAUUUGAAAUAUACUUCUCUAUUGAAAAAUAUUGAUGAGCUUAUUAAGGAUAUUAAAUGCGAUAAUAUUGAUAGCAAUGCAGCCAGACAUAAGACGGAAUCAUUGCUUAAUAAUUUUACAUCAGCUUUACGAGUAUUGGAAGAUUUAGAAUGCUUGCCAUUGAAGCAGAGAUUUCAGGAUUGUCUGGAUUAUGUUAAAGAGAUGAGCACAGCAAACGAGAUUGAGGAUCUUCAAAAUAUAAAGGAAUUAGGCACUUCGAUAUUAGAGAUACUCGAACCACUACAGAAUUACAGAAAAAGUUUAGCGUCUGCUUUUCUAUCGCAGAAUCUAGCUUUAUAUACUUCUCAAUUAUGCACAUCAUUUGAAAUGCUAGUACAACUGGCUCAGGAACAGCAUCAGUUAAAUGCACCAAUUUAUGCUUGCAAGAAAUAUGUUUGUGAAAGAAUAUGUACUUGUUGUGAGAUGAUAUUGAACUUGAUGAAUGACUCAAAUCCAUCGCUGGAAAAGGAAACUUGCGAAAGGGAGAAUCAUUUUGUUUACAGAAUGGAUUUGGCAUUAGACGUUAUAUUAGAAAUACCGAGUAAAACGCAUGAACAGCAGCUAUCUGAAUGUACCACGGAACUGUGGUUGAGACUGGAGGACGUAUUCUCUCAUGCUAUGGCAAUUACCCAAGUGUGUCAGCCAUAUAAUUUUAAAGCCAUAACUGGUUCAUGUCAAUCCAUAGUGUUGGAGUACGAGAAAUUAAAGCAGCAAUUACUCUCGGAAACCCAGGCUCUUUAUCGUUUGGAACGUAAAGUUAAUAUAGCGGUACUAACGCUCGCAAUGGAAGUAUUCAGCAAUCCUUACAUUACUUUGAAAAAACUCGUUAUGACAUGCGGAAAUUCUUUAAGCGCGAAAAGAAGAUCGAAAAGUGAUUUAAAUGAUCUCAUAGAAGAUUUUGAUCAAUUCUUUGAUCAAACUAUGCAAAUUGGAAUAUUUGCGAUCGCUUGUUGCAAAGACAAGAACCGCAAUAACAAAAUUCGUAAUUGUCUCGCAGGAUUCGAAUCCUUAGAAACUGAAUUAAUUUCUGCCAUAAUUUCCUUCUAUUUACAUCCAGAUAACAAAGAAAUGCGUUCGAGUGUUAAACUGUUGACUAUGCAAUGGCAAUUAGAGAUGAAUAAGUUUCAGAAUGCUGUAAAUCUCAUUAUAAACUCGGCUGCUUUCUGUCAAGUAGUUAUGGAUAGUCUUCAAGAACGUAUAACGGCAAUCUCAGAUUGUCUGGAUAACAGAGAGCCAGUAACACAACUUCAAGUGCAAGGUAUUGUUCAGCGUGCUUCAGCUUUGUCUAGUCAAGUCACAGCAAUUGUAAAUGAUAUUGGCACUGAAAACAUUGAUCGUCAAACGAUAAUGAUGACAAGAGAAUUGAAAGCAGCUAUAUUUGAAGCCAACACCGCUGCCAAAACUCUUCUGGUGGAGAAUGCAACGGAGCCUCAACAAUUGCGAGUAAUAAAACGAUGUGAAUUAAUAUUGAAUGUUGUUCAAAGAUUACAGUCUGCUUUAGCUACAAUUAUGAACAAUACAACGCAUGAAAAAACUGUGAGAGGUCAAGGAGAUUCCAUUCAUGGUAGCAUAUCAAAUGCCAUGAACUUUCCAUCCACAAUUUAUGGUUUGCCGCGCGAUGAAAAUAGUCUAGUUUAUAUUAGAACACCCUAUACAGUAAAAACGCAUAAAUCACAGGUGUCCAUUCAACCGGCAAACAGUACAGUACAGAAACCGUCGGAUCUGUCGUAUUUGAUACCUUACAUAAAGAACGGCCGUACAUUGCGCAGCGAGCACUCCAUCAUGUAUACACCGCAUAAAAACAAAAAUGUAACAGAGGUAGCCGUUAAAAAUGAGAUGUCCCUUAGGAAUCUAUCUAGCAUUAGACAACAUCUUUUUAGCAGAGAUAGCUUCAGCAUUCACGUCGAUUUUGAUAUAGCCGAAGAGAGCAUGGAUUUAACAGCUGCUUUAGAAAAGAUAACUUCAUCGUCCACGUCGGAAAAUGCAACGUUCUCUUCAUGCCAAUUCUCAAAAGUAGAAAACGUAUCUUCGGGAAGUGUAAACAAGGAAUUGGUUUUCAAUAUCGUAGAAAAACUAAGUCAAACUGUUAGACCAGAAACGGAAAGUUUGAGCAAAUCCGCGAUAACGGAGAAGAUGAGUGAAUGUGCCAUAUCUGGUGGCGGUGAUGCAUCCUUAAUCAUGGAAUCGCGUCAAAAACUCAGUAGCGUUCGAUCUCCAGACAAUAAGAUACAAAAGUCAACCUCGGGGCAACAUGAGAAAGUACGACAUAGUGCAGUUACCGAGAACAGCCUUCACACGUCUGAACUCGAUCCAAGUCAGUUCGCCGAGCAAAACAUGGACGCCGUGGCGAUACAUACGUCGGAUCCGCCGCAGGGCGAGGACGCGAUCACGUCCGCUAUGAAGAUAUGCCGCAUCUGCCUGCUCGACAAUCUGAUGAUGCGCGAUCUCUUCGCAGAGAACGAGGUCGCGUCCCUAUCGGUGAAGGCAAUGAGCUUCGCCAACGUUAAGAUGUUACCAGGUGAUGGUUUACCAACACAGGUGUGCUGUAUGUGCGCCGACAAGUUGGAAUCGGCAUAUGAGUUUAAGUUACAAGUGGAGCAAGCUGACAAUGUUCUUCGAGAAAAGCUUGUGGGAGGAAUAAUAAAGGACGAAUUGUUUCUUAAUGAGGUUGAAAUACACUUGGAUGCCGAGAAAAAUAAUGGUUUGGAAGAGAUGAAUGACAGUGCUGAUUAUGAAUCUACUGAUACAUUGCCAGUUGAAACAGAAACUGACAAGAACUUUCUGAAAAAUCAAUUAAUUAUUUUGGAAGCUGAAAAAUUGGCAGAGACAGAUGGAAUACAACAAGAUUCAGAACAAGAUAACUUGCAAGAAAGCAUUGAGGAAGAAUUGCAGCAAGAAUUAGCCAGCUCAGAAGACAUGUCAGAUGCUAUUGAUGAAUCUAGGGAUGAAGUUUCUUCCAACAAGAAUAUUAUUCGAAGCUGCACAGAUACAAUUCCAACAGAUGAACAUAAUUAUAUAAUGCAGCAACAGUGUAUUAUUUUGCAUACUGAACAAUUCUUCCAUAAAAAAAUGCAGGAGACCGUAUCAGAAUUUAAACACGAAAUAACGAAAUACGAAGAAUCACUAUCUGAACAAAAUCAAGAAAAUCUAUCUGAACAAAAUCAAGAAAAUCUAUCUGAACAAAAUCAAGAAAAUCAAUCUGAGCAAAACCAAGAGAUUCAGGCUGAACAAAAUCAAGAAAUUCCAACUCAGCAAAUUCACGAGACUCUGGCUGAGCAAACUGAAGAGACUCCAGUUCAAAAUGCUCAAGCUGAACAGGAGAAUCAAACUGAACAAAAUCAAAAUCAAAAAAUGGAAUUAUUACAGAACGAAGUAUUAAAAAAUGAUACUAAUGAGCCAGUCGUGGAAGAAUCACCCCAAAAUGAAACUAGAAGAAGUAAACGUAGAUUGGCUCGUCGGAUAUUCACCGAGCGGGAUUCCGAUGAGGAGAAUUAUUUUGAAAAUCUGAAUCUCAGUUCACGAUUGAAAAAAGUGCAGGCAGAUAAGACAGAGAAGAUUUUUUUCAUGUGUUACUUGUGCGAUAAACAGUUUCUUUCAAAGAGCGUCUUGAAAGAGCAUAUGCAUUCCCAUGAAGAAGUAAGGAAAACAUUGUCUCUGAAAAAAACGCCGGAGAAACCGCAGAGUGCAGACCAGCGUUUCCGCCGUGAAAACGCCGAGUAUAUGUACAUAAUCUCGUUUACUAAACACAUUAAGCAACACGAGCGAGAGGGGCAGGAAGCGAAGGAAGAUUCGAUGUCGCUUGAGAUGUUUCAUGAGGAUGACUACAGUCUAGACUUAGAUAAUGGCAACAAAUCGGAUGUUGAAUGUAGAAAACAAAAGAGAGGAAGUACAGUAUACGACGAUGUUGCAAGCGACAAUGAUCAGGAUAAGAAAAGAAAGCGUAGUCUUAUUGAGGAGUUUACGUGUAACAAAUGUCCAGAAAAAUUCGAUACAAAGCGAGGGUUGCAAAAGCAUUCGCUCACGCAUGUUAGCUUCAAGUGCAGUGUGUGCAACGAGGAAUACGACACUCUAGAACAACUAAAAAAUCACCGAACAAAGCAUGUGAUCGAAGGCGUACUUACUGAGCAAGACUUGGAAGAAGAUAUGAAGCAAAUGAUCAAAUGCGAGGAGAAUGAUGACAAUAGUAAGAACAUCAAAGAUGGAGAGAACAGUGAAUCCGUCGAAAUCACGAAGGAACUAAAGUGUUCGAUAUGUUCAAUAACAUUCUCACGCAAGAAAGCGCUCUCCAGACACAUGCAGACAACACACUCCGACACCCAUUCUUACGAAUGCAAGAUAUGCUGUCAACAAUUUGCACGGAAGGAUUUCCUACGCAGGCAUGCCGAACAGCAUGCACGAGUGAAGACUUAUAAAUGUACUCAAUGUAACAAAACCUUCGGCAAUGAGCUCACGAUGAGAAAUCACUUGGUUGCCACAAAUCACAAGACAUUUAUACAGGGACAGGAAUACGAUCCCAAUAAGCGUAUAAAGCGCGUGGCGGCGAGAGCAGCACAGAAGAUCAUCGACAAGAUCAAGACUGAGGACGGUCUCGAAGAUUACGAUGAUAAUACCGAUUAUGAUGUUAAAUUGGACAAGCAUUAUGUUAUUAAGCACGAUGCAAAGAAGUACAGGUAUAAAGAAUUUGAGUGCGCAACCUGUAAUAAGAGGUACUGCUUGAAACAAGCGUUGGCGAGGCAUAUGGAGCAACAUGUAAAAAAGGAAAAGGCAGAGAAGACAAUGGAGAAAGCGGCGGAGAAGCAGAAGAAGACCGCUUUAGAAAAGAAAGAAGCGCAGAAGAGCAACACGGAUGAUAACGAUGGCGAUAAUAACUCCGACUUUGAAAGUGGUCUCGACUGGCCAGUAGACAGCCAUGAAUGCACCACGUGCAAGAAGCAAUACAGUACGAAGAAGUCGUUACUGCGUCAUCAACUACUGCAUGAGGAGCCAAAUUUCGAAUGCGAUAUCUGCAGUAUCAAGUUCUAUCGAAAAGAUAAACUGAAGGCGCACUACGAUAAGUGCGCGGAAAAGAAUCCUGAUCAGGUGAGGAAGUGCAACAUCUGCGGCGACAGUUUCGAAAACAAUGAGAUUCUGCGCGAGCACAGGGCCAAGCACGUUACCGAGGGUAUCCUAACGGAGGAGGAUCUGAGAGACACCGAGCCAAAAUCCGAAGAAAAGAGACUAAAUGAUAAAAUGACUCGGAAGAGGAGGACCGAUAUUGUGGGGCUCGAGUGUACCGAAUGCAACAAACAAUAUACCUCUAGGAAGGGUCUGCUGCGACACAUUCAGGUUCACGAGGGUAAGAAGUACCUAUGCGAAAUAUGUCCAAAGAAAUUCUAUCGGCGGGAACACCUGAAGAUUCACGUGGCAAAACACAACAUGAUCAAACCAUAUAAGUGCACUCGUUGCUCCAAACGGUUCAUUAAGGAGGAGCAGCUCAAUAACCAUCUACCUAAGCAUGAUCGCACUUUUAAGAAGAACAAGGAGACCGAUAGUUCGAAGAGAUUCCUCUGUGAGAUCUGCAGCAAGAGCUUUACGCAGUCAACAACGCUGCUAGCGCAUCUGCGUGCUCAUAAGGGUAUCAAACCGUAUGUGUGCGAAGUAUGCUCCAGGCCAUUCACCACUAAUGCCUACUUGAAGAUGCAUAUGCGCACGCACACGCAGGAACGUCCGUACAUCUGCCAAUAUUGUUCGCGAGCGUUUGCCCGUGCCGACACCUUGGCAAAUCAUCUGACGUCGCAUACUGGCGAAGCCAAGUACCAUUGCAAGUGCUGUCCAAAGAACUUCCGGCGAUUGAAAUCCUUGAAGGAACACAUGUUUAUUCAUACGGGUCAACGACCUUACGAGUGUCCAACUUGCGACAGAAAGUUUAACAAUAACGGCAGUCGCUACGCGCACAGCAAGCGCUGCAAACAGAAUCUUUUGCAGAAUCAGAACCGGGCGCAACAGGUAAUCCAGCAGACACAGCAGCAACAGCAACAACAACAGUUACAACAUCAACAUCAACAUCAGCCACAGCAAGUGCAAAUACAGAUGCAGCCAGAACCGCAUCCAGUUAGGUUGCAUCAAACCACGAUCGGCCAGGCACAAGUAAUCAAGGCGCAAAACAUUAAAACAAUCGCUAUAGCGAGACAAGCUGAGCCUACGGUAACUACGCAACAUCAGGUUAUGCAGCAUCAAGAAAUACUAAUGCCUUUAAUCCUGCCACUUACCGUCACUCUUGCUGAUGUAGGCGAAGAGGUGAUACUACCUGAAGGUACAAAAAUAUUCACCACUUCUUAAUCGAGCCCUUUCGAUCUUUUUCGUAUUUGAUUAUAAUAUGGAAAGGAAGGGACAUACUACUUAUGAAAAACUAUCUCGAUGAUACUUCUUCAAUAAUUUGAACGAGUUUUGUUCUCCUAACACCCUGUGACUAUCAUUUUCAUUCCCACAAUUCCCUAUACGCACGGAAAAUCUCGAAAUGACAAUGGAAUAGCGUUAUCGAGGGAUUUUCUUGUAUAUUGGAUAAAAAAAGGGUACGAUGCUCCACUAGGUGAUAGAAAAGGGUAAAUAUAUGAAUUUAAGAAAGAGUAUCAUUUUGAUUAUGUAUAAAACGUUAUAUUGAAGUUUAUUUUUACAACGGUGAAGGCGUUAAUAAGCGAUAUAUAUGUAUAAUUUGUCUGGAAGUUUUAAGAUAUAUGUACCUUUUCAUAUAUAAUAACGUGUAUUACUGGGAAUGAAUAAACGUCUUUGACAAAUCCUGAGAAGACAGGAAAAGACAGAUGUCUUUGUCAUGAAUGUGUUGUACAUGUAAUAUAGAUUUUCUUUAAGAGAUAUGAUAGAUUUUAAAUACUUAAAGCUUAAUGUAUUAAAUAUAUUAGAUUUAUUUUCACUUAGUUUGUUCUUCCAGAGAUCUUUCUUCGUUUUCUUUAAUCAAAUACUUCCAUUUUCAGAAAAUAAUUCAUUCGCUAACAACUUGUUGAAAUUU